AACCUAACCUUCAAUACUUUUUAUUUUUUAUGCCACACAGAAGGAAAAAACUUAAAUAUAAAAUAUAGAAUAAAUAAAUAAAAAUGGGGAUUUUGUCUGUUAUUGAUAGGCUGGACGAUCAAGCUGUACGGAAUAUAAUACUUUUUCUGCUAUGGGCCGAUUAUCUUUGGGAAACUUACCUUUCUAUACGACAAUACCGAGUUGCAACCAAAGCUCAACAAAUCCCCAACCAGCUAAAAGAUGUAAUGAAAAAGGAAGAAUAUGACAAAGCCAGAGAAUACAGCCUAGCGAAACUGAAAUUCGGAUUUGUCAAAGACGCAGAAUCGAUUAUAGUUAACACAAUAGUUUUACACCAAGCAUUUUUGGCGACUGUGUGGAAUUUUACAGAGGAUUUAAACCCUUUCUCUGAUGAGGUAUCAACCAGUUGUAUAUGGCUUAUAUUGCUACAGCUUUUCUCAACUAUAAUUGAUUUGCCUUUUAAUAUCUAUUAUACAUUUGUUAUAGAAGAAAAGUUUGGCUUUAACAAGCAGACUCCUGGUUUCUUUAUUUGGGAUAAAAUAAAGCAGUUUCUGGUAUUUCAAGUGAUCACUGCCAUGAUAGCUUCCAUUGUAAUUGUGGUGAUUAAAAAUGGUGGAGACUAUUUCUUCAUCUGGUUAUGGGCAGUAGUUGGAGUCAUUACUUUAAUACUACUGACAAUUUAUCCUGCUGUCAUUGCACCUCUGUUUGAUAAAUACACACCCCUACCUGAAGGAGCUCUCAGAACCGAUAUAGAGAAAUUAGCAUCAAGUCUAAAAUUUCCUCUGUCAGAAUUAUAUGUAGUUGAAGGGUCUAAAAGGUCAUCUCAUAGCAACGCCUAUUUCUACGGCCUAUUUAAAUCAAAAAGAAUUGUCCUCUUUGACACCUUACUUGCCAAAGAUGAUGGCAGUGGUUGCAAGGAUGAUGAAAUUUUAGCCGUAUUAUCUCAUGAGCUUGGUCACUGGAGUAGAAACCACACCAUUAAGAACUUAAUCAUAGUACAAAUAAAUUUGUUCCUAUUGUUUAGUGUAUUUGGAGCUAUAUUUAAAUACCCAAAGUUAUAUACAUCUUUGGGUUUCUAUAAGAGCAAACCUGUUCUUGUAGGCAUGUUUGUAGUUUUGCAAUAUGUCAUGAUGCCAUACAAUACAGUAUUAUCGUUUCUGAUGACAGUGUUAUCCAGGAAAUUUGAGUUUGAAGCUGACGACUUUGCUGUUCAACUAGGAAAAGGCGCUGCUUUAGAAAGAUCUCUGCUUAAACUUAAUAAGGAUAAUUCAGGAUUUCCUGUUCACGAUUGGUUAUAUUCUGUAUGGCACUACUCCCACCCUCCAUUGCUGCAAAGAAUUGAAGCUUUACGGGAGGGAGUAAAAAGAUUUGAAGGAAAGAAAAAAUAAAAUUAACCAUUAGUUUAAUUUAUUAUACUUGAAGUAUCUUAGGUAUUUAUAUAUUAAUUACGAUUAUGAUAUAUGAAUGCGAAUGCUUUUUGUGUAUAUUUCUGGUCAAUAAACUUCGUAUGUACGUCAGGUUCAUGAAAUUUGAA